AAAACAUUGCCGACAAUGAUCCCCAGGAAGCGUCGCAGCGAGCCACUCUGGGGCCCCGAGCUCUGGAACGGGAUGCAGGGCGUUUGCUCGGUGGCCCUGCCCGACACCCGCAGCGUCUCGGUGAGCGUGGUGCGGCGGCGCUGGGGCUGGGUGUUGUGUCGCUUCAAGGAGACGAAGAAGGUGGCCAGGUUCACCUACGUAGACCGCGUGGUGCGCCCCGUCGUCACCUACUCCUUCCUGGACCUGGCGCAGCUUGUCAGGACCAGCGCCAAGGGCGGCGCACAGGUCAGGGUCACCCUGGCGCUGCUCAGCGGUGAGAAGCGCGUGGCCAAAUUGGAGCCCAACACCUUCAUGAGGCAGCUGAAGCAGAGCAGCUCAAACAUGAGUUUUUCUCUGCACGUCGACAGGGAGAAGGUCACCCUGCUGAAGGCGCACCGGCCACUGCAGGAGGCGACAGCAGUGUGGCCGUUUGACGUUAUCAAGCCCGCUGCCCCACCCAAGCGGCAACGAUACAGGAUGUAUAUUGACCCAGGGCUGGAACCGGGCGCCCAAGACCCUGGCAAUGCCGAACAGAAUAAAGACAGCGAUGAGGAGAGUCGCUGGGAGGCGCGCGAUGAAGGAAAGCACAAGGAGACUGAAGAAAAGAGCUACGAGGCUGACGGAGACACGGCCGACGACGAGAGUCGCUGGGAGGCGCGCGAUGAAGGUAAACACGAGGAUACUGAAGAAAAGAGUGACGAGGCUGACGGAGACACAGCCGACGACGACAGUGGCUGGGAGGCGGACACUGAAGGAGCGGACGAGGAGGAGGAAAGUGGCGAGUCCUCGGAUGGCAGUGGCUGGGAGACUUUGGAGGAGGACGCCGAGCAGGGCGCCGAGCAGGGCGCCGGGCGGGGGCCUGCCGGAAGCCCGGGGAAGGCGGGUGGCGGCUUCCUGGAGAGGCUGGGGGUGGCGUGGCAUUACGCCCGCCCCGCCCUGCUCAUGUUGGGCUCCGCGGCAAUCAUGGCAACGGCCAUCUGGUGGUCACCCAUUGGCCGCGAGGAUUAGCGGCAGGGCGGCAGCGGCGGCGAGCAGUAAGGGGCGUGAGGCAGCCGCCCUUAGGGCCACAUCAAGGACUCCGUCCUUUGCCCACGCCUUCAGGCCAACAGAAGGCGAAGGGGCAAGGAGCAUGGGCCAGCGUGGUCCUGGAGGCUUCCUCUAAUUAGGGCCACGUCAAGGGCUCCCUCCUUUGCCCACCCCUUCAGGCCAACAGAAGGCGAAGGGGCGAGGAGCAUGGGCCAGCGUGGUCCUGGAGGCUUCCUCUAAUUAGGGCCACGUCAAGGGCUCCCUCCUUUGCCCACGCCUUCCUGGCCCUGGAGCACGCCUUCAGGGGCAGCAGAGGGCGGAGCGGCGAGGAGUGUGAUGCCAGAGUGGCCCUGGAGGCUUCCCACGCUCACCGCUGCAGAGUGCCGCCCGGAGUGCGUGGCGUAGCUCCUCUGUUGCGUCCACGAAGCUCCUCCUCCUCUCCGCCCUGGCAUCUCGUGUCCUCGGUAUCCUCCUUCCAACACACUCUGCAUCGCUCCUCUGUGCUGGCCCAAACAGUCUCAGUCUCGCACUCCUCGGGAACACCGCAGCGUCUGAACAGUCUCAGUCUCGCACUCCUCGGGAACACCGCAGCGUCUGAACAGUCUCAGUCUCGCACUCCUCGGGAACACAGCAGCGUCUGCACUCUGCACUCGCCCAAAAAGGCUCAGCCUCGCCUCUCCCCGAACCAUCGUGCACUCGCCGCCGCUAUGAUCACCCGUCUCUUAUCAUGUUCCUCGCGGGGGCGUUGCCACAUCAACGAAACUACAAUAGCUGGAGUGCUUCCACAUAUCCCACACAUCACCGCUCAUAUAUACUAUACAAAAACAAACGUCCAGCAGACCGGCACGUCUCCAGUUCUGCCAGCACGCGCAAUAUACAAAAGUGAAGUGGUAACAUCCAGCAGACCGGCACAUCUUCACUCACAGUUCUGCCAGCACGCGCAAUAUACAAAAGUGAAGUGGUAACAUCCAGCAGACCGGCACAUCUUCACUCACAGUUCUGCCAGCACGCGCAAUAUACAAAAGUGAAGUGGUAACAUCCAGCAGACCGGCACAUCUUCACUCACAGUUCUGCCAGCACGCGCAAUAUACAAAAGUGAAGUGGUAACAUCCAGCAGACCGGCACAUCUUCACUCACAGUUCUGCCAGCACGCGCAAUAUACAAAAUGAAGUGCAAACAACUUCAGAGGACACACAAUGACAUUAUGCAAGAAGGAGCACAGAGUGCUGGAGAACAGUGGAGUGAGACUUCCCUUUCUUUCUGUCUAACAAC